AUGGUUAUUCGAGGUUUGAAAUCCUUGCCACUCAGAGCAAUGGCUGAUGUUAGAGGUACUCAGCAAUAUUUGCAGAAUGAGUGCAUCGUCUUUAAAAAGUUUUCUGGAACUGGGCUGUUCUUAAGUCAUGGAUAUGCAUGUAAUUUAAAUAAAAGAGGAGAACGGGGGGGAAAUGGCAUAGGCCUACUAAGAGAAUGGGGGAGAGAAGACACUAAAGAAGUCCCAAGAGAGGACCAACAGGAAGAUUCUAUAUAUAGUGAACCCCCUGGAGAAGAAGAAAGUAAUAUAGAAAAUGAAAUCAGUUCUUUAGGGCAGAAACAAUUGAAAGGUAAGAGGAAGGGAGUUCAGGCAUGGAGGCAAAUUAGACAUGAAAACACCAAGUCAAACAGACCAGCAGUUUCUGGUUGA